UCAAACGAAAAAAACUGUAUAUUGGUGUGUUUGCUUACAAAGUGACCAACUUGUUAAAGAAGCGGCUUCUUUUGGCUGAGUGCCGCCGAAUGCUUUGGACUACUCGGUUAAUUUAACCCAUUAUAACAGAGUUAAUUGGCUUGAUUAAACCCAAUUGAUUAGUCUAGUGUGCGCUUUGCAAAUACGAAAUAGAGCAAAAACACGAGAAAAUCCUCUAAAGUCGACAUUAGAUCGCCGUUUAACGAUGAUGGCAAACUAUCCUCUUACCGAAUUAAUUUUAUUGCUCUGUUUCCGAUAUUCGCAACCGAGUUGGCUGCUUUUGUCGGCAUCAAGCGCAGCUUCUGUUUCACGAAAUUCCCUUGUUUCUCUUUGCCGAACCAUACCAGAAGUGAAUGUUGGUCAACUAGAAUUAUGCGAUAAAUAUCCAAACGCUAUACGAAGCGUUCAAGAGGGUGGUAAAUCAGCGAUAAGGGAGUGCCAACGACAAUUUAGAUACGAACAAUGGAAUUGUAGUACAUCGUCGAACGCAUCUUAUUCAAUAUUUGGUCCUACUUGGAAAGAGGGGACUAAGGAGAAUGCCUUUCUUUUAGCAAUAUCCUCAGCAAGCCUUGUGCAUAUGCUUACGAAAUCCUGCUCAGCCGGAAAUCUUUCAGCCUGUUCAUGUGAUACAUCGAGAGACGGAGAAGUUGGUUACGACGGUUCGUUUUCUUGGUCCGGUUGUAGCGACAACGUUGGUUUUGCGGAACGUUUCACGAAAAAAUUCGUUGACUGGUCAAAUAAGCAGACAAUAAAAAAAAUUAUAAAUGAGCCUGGAUCCAAUUUAAAUCAUACUGCGAAAAAGGUAUUGAAAAAGUUGUUAACUAGGAAGAUGGCUAAUUUGCAUAAUAAUGACGUUGGAAGAGAGACAGUCAAAAGAUUGAUGGAAAGAAAAUGUCGUUGUCACGGAGUGUCUGGUUCUUGCGAGGUUAGAACUUGUUGGCAAUCGUUACCCCGUUUUUCAAACGUUGGAAAGUUCCUGAAGAGAAGAUACGAAGGUUCUAUAAGAGUGAACAUUAAGAAGAAUCAUUUAAAAAGAAAAGAUUCCCGAGUCAAUUAUAUACCAAUCACAAAGAAAGAAUUAGUUCAUACUGAUAAAUCUCCGAAUUUCUGCAAGAAGAAUAGGAAAAAGGGAUUUCUAGGAACGACAGGUAGACGCUGCAUUAAUGAUUCAUUGAAAAAGGGUUCAUGUAAGAUGCUCUGCUGUGGAAGGGGUGCUAAGGUUACGGUUCAAAGGAUCAAGAAAAGAUGCAAAUGUAAAUUUCAUUGGUGCUGUGAAGUUAAAUGCGAAACCUGUUACGAAGAUAAAAAGUUUUACACUUGUAAAUGAAAAUUGGGCGCCAUCUACAUGAUAUUUUUGAUACCUCAAACUUUUUUGUUUGCAGUUUUGUCUGUAAAAUGUAUAGAAUAGUUAUUUUAUUUUAUUUUUUAGUAUAUAGCCAUAACUAUAUCAGUUAUGUAUACUGUACAUAUAUUUAUAUACAGUAUAAGUAUGCAUAUAUUGCAGUGAAUGUACAGUAUAGUAGUUAAAUAUUCACGAAAAUAUAUGUAUAUAUCUUAAUCUUUUUUAUAUAAAAUAAGUGCAUUUUAUAUUAUAGGAAGAGAAAUAUAAAAUGCUCUUUAUUACCGUACACUAUAUAUGCACAUAUAAUAUGACUUUGUGCAUGUAUAGUUGUUAUAGAAAUGUGCUAUUUGGGCGCCAUAAGUGCGUUGCUGUG